AUGAGGCAGAACAGAUAUUCUCUGGGAGAAUUGCAUAUGUGCCAUGAUGCAACUGGUGAUGAAGAAUCUGAAGCAGUCAUGCAAAUGAUCAAGAAAGUGAUGACCUGUUUCCAAGAACUGUUGUUGACAUUAGCAGAGCUAAAGCUUCCAAUUGUCCAACCAAGAUGGUGUGACUUGACCGAUGCUGGACCAGGAGUUGGGGUCUCCAAUUUCGAGGUGAAGUUCCGAGAUGCUGAGUUAUGUCGUAUAUUCAAUUCCGACCACCGAAUUCAUGUUCAUCAUUCAAGAGGUGACAGUGGACAGAAUGAAGCGGAAAGAACAAACUCUGCAAUUGGUGAUGUAGUGGUUGAUGGGGCAACUAUAGAAUGGGAGAAAUUUAAGCGGUUUGAAAGUUUGAGUGAGGAAGAAAUAGAAGCCCUUUCUGUCAAGGAAUAUGAAGAGGAUGGAACAAAAUGCAUGGAGCAUCUCUAAGCAGUUGGUAGACAGAAUCGACGGGCAGACAAAAGACAAUGGCAGGUAUGCUAUUUUUAUGAGAAUGAGAUCUUAGGCUAUGGAAUCAUCAGGGGCCGGUUGUACGAAAGGUGGAUAAAUCGCUAUCCGGUGGAUAAGUCCCUAUCCAACGGAUAAAUUUUAUCCAGAGUGAAAAUCGCGUUGUACGAAGCUUGGAUAACUUUAUCCAACAGAUAAAAUGCACUAUCUGUUGGAUAAAUUUACCCAAGGUCCGGAGGUAGUUUAAAUCCACUAUCCGGCGGAUAAAACUUAAAACUUUUCAUCCAUCAUUGAAAAGUUUGUGUUAUAAACUGAACAAUUUUCAUAAAUUUUGUACAAUAUGGCGAUCUAUUGAAUUCCUGGUUUUCAUUUACCUUUAAAUAACCUACCUCGAGCAAACAGACGAGCAGAGUGAGUUUUUAGACAAGAAAUCCCAGAUGAAAACAUCUUGCAGUACUAUUCCGACAGCGAUUUGCGAGCACGGUAUCAUUUCGGUAGAGAAGCAAUUGUGAACAUCGUCCGCCUUAUUGAAGAGAAAAUACGUCCUGCAACGAACCGAAGCUUUCCAAUUUGGGCAACAAAUCAAGUGUUGAUAACAUUAAGAUUUUUGGCAACAGGCAGUUUCUUGCAAGUUACAGGAGACACGAUCGCUGGGGCAGAUAAGUCUACCGUUAGUCAUAUUGUUCAUCGAGUAACUUUGGCAAUCGCUCGUAAACUUGAUGAUUUCGUGAAAUUCCCGGGAACACAACACGAGAAAGCCCUCAUCAAACAAGGGUUUUACGACCUUGGAGGUUUUCCAUGCGUUAUCAGAUGUGUUGACGGGUCCCGUUAUCAGAUGUGUUGACGGGUCCCAUUAGGAUCAUAGCUCCAUCGGCAAACGAGUGCAAUUUCGUCAACAGGAAAGGAUAUCAUAGCAUAAACAUACAAGGGAUCUGUGACCACAAAGGUUUAUUUAUUUAGCUUUUGCCAACUAGGGCAGAGUCACCACAACAGCAUAUGCCAAUUACUGUGGGCCCUUUUCUACCUAACCCACCCUGUCAACUUUCCUUGUGGGAGGAAACCGGAGUACCCGGGGAAAACCCAUGGCUUUCGGCAGAGCGUUGACUUUUACUCUUUUCACAUGGGGACUGGGUUCGAGUCGCACUGAGAAGGUACUUAGUGAGACUCGAACCUGCAGCCUCAGAGGUGAAAGGCAAGUGCGUUAACCACUUGGCCACUGAAGCCCGUUUGUUUAUAUCAAAGCAGGACAAUUUAAUACUAGUGUGAAACGCACCACAUUCGUUCGCACUAUUAUAGCACAAUAUUCAGCAUCAGCAAAAAUUCCUUAGAUUUUGUAAAAUUUCCUUAAAUGUGUCUGGGGGGGAUUGAAAUCAUGGGAGAGGGGGGAGUUUGGUGUUUGUUUCUUGGGGGGUCACCAGAGUUUGAGAAGUAAUUUGGGGGUGGGGCUCAUGGAAGCAGAAAGCUUUAGUUCUGUGACAAUGUUUUGACCUCCAACAUACCCAGUAAAUUUUAUGCCGAAAAUAGGCUUUUACUUGUUUUUACUUUUUAGCCCCUUUUUUGAACCAAAAUUUCCAACAAUUUGCCAAUUUGCCAGAAAUGUGAGCGGGACAGUUGCCCACCACCCCCACCAAACUUGUUGUAAAUAUAGGCCUAGAGGCCUGCUAGCUUUUUCUCAUUGAGCUUUAAUUGCAUAUGGUACUAUAGGGAAAUUUCUCAAUGUUGUUGCAAAAUGGCCUGGUGCAACCCAUGACAGUCAUAUCUUCAGAACAUCAGCAAUUGGGCUGGCACUAGAAGGAGCAACAUUGGAUGAUGGUGUUCUUCUUGGUGAUAGUGGGUAUCCAUGUUUACCAUAUCUUAUGACACCAUACAACAACCCCAUCACUGUACAGCAACGGCGAUUAAUCGAGCACAAAAAUGCACAAGAUCUUCGAUUGAAAGAGCUUUUGGCAUCUUAA